CGGAGGUGAGGCAGGCGAGAACCCGCAGCAGGAUGGAUGUGGGCAGCAAAGAGGUCUUGAUGGAGAACCCACCGGACUACUCGGCAGCACCCCGGGGCCGCUUCGGCAUCCCUUGCUGCCCCCUGCACCUGAAGCGUCUUCUCAUUGUGGUCGUGGUGGUGGUCCUGGUGGUCGUGGUGAUCGUCGGGGCCUUGCUCAUGGGGCUCCACAUGAGCCAGAAGCACACGGAGAUGGUGCUAGAGAUGAGCAUGGGGGCAUCAGAGGCCCAGCAGCACGUGGCCCCGAGCCAGCGUGGGGGCACCACGGCCACCUUCUCCAUUGGCUCCACUGGCAUGGUCACCUAUGACUACCAGCAGCUCCUGAUUGCCUACAAGCCGGCCCCAGGAACCUGCUGUUAUCUCAUGAAGAUGGCUCCCGACAGCAUCCCCAGCCUUGAGGCUCUGACUAGAAAAUUCCAGAACUUCCAGGCCAAGCCUGCUGAGCCUGCCUCUCAGCUGGGCCCAGAUGGGGGGCUAGGCGCCCCAGGCCCCGCGGCCUCUGGAGGAGCAGACCUGGCCUUCCUGGGUGUGGCCAUGCGCACCCUAUGUGGCGACGUGCCGCUUAUCUCCAUCUAAGACCCUCUUGGACUGCAGGGGAAGCCCAGAAGCACCUGGAGGGAGCCCGGAGCAGAGCCCGCCACCACAGGGGCCCCGCCUGGAGCAACGGGCAGGGAGAGGUGGGGAGUGGGCAGCGGAGAGAGGCAGUCCCCCAGGGCCGGGGACCCCCUACCACAAGAUAUUAAAGCAGUCCAAGGUGAAAAACAUCA